AUGACCCUGACUGCCAACAAAGCCCUGUAUGUCAACGAGGACGGAGAGAUCCAGGUUCGGAACGACAUCAACCACGAAGAGAUAGCAGCCGGCGAAUUGGUUAUCGAAGUGCACUACUCUGGUAUCAAUCCAGCAGAUAGCAAACAUGCAGAGCUUGGCAUUCGUUCGACGGUCAUCGGGUACGAUUUCUCUGGAAUUGUCUUGUCAGCACCUACUGGAUCGCGUUUCAGAAAGGGAAGUAUCGUAGCAGGAUACACGCCCUCGGGUAUCGGAAGAGCAUUGAAGUAUGGAUCACAUCAAAGCCGCCUCGCGUGUCCCAACGACAUGGUAUUCGAAGUACCUCACAACCUCCCAGAGACCCAUGCAGCAGCUCUGACAACAGUGACGAUGACAGCUGCAGACGCGGUCUUCAACCUGUUCCAAUUUCCACUGCCUACCGCUCCCGCCGCCUACACCCGCCCUGUCCUGGUUUGGGGCGCCUCGUCUAGCGUUGGCUUUAGCACUGUUCAGUUUCUGUGUGCCAGUGGCUGUCAGAACAUCAUAGUGACUGCUUCGCCAGCCCGUCAUGGGCUGCUGAAGAGUGUUGGGGCCGCACUGUGUUUCGACUACGCCUCAUCAACAGUUGUAUCCGAUAUCGCCACCGCGGUGGAAGCUCUGGACCAAGGACCGAUCUCUCAUGCUCUCGAUGCUGUGGGCACUCCGUCUACAGCGCACUUAGUCGUACAUAGCGUGAGGAGCUCAGCAGCAGUUCUAGCCUCUGUGACCAAGUUCGAUGAUGGGUUUCGGAUGCCGUUGGCGUACACGAAAGAUGGCUGGCGCAUCCAGCCGCCUGGUGUUCCUCAUGUCAUCGAUCUGCCUUCCAGGCCAGAAGAUCAUUGGCAUGCUUGGAAAGCGUUGCAAUGGGCGGUGGACAACUAUGGUAGUCACUUCGGACUUCCAAAUGUGGAAGUAUUUCGAGGCACGGCCGAGGAGGCGUUACAGGAAGUCAUCAAGAUUGGCGGAUUUGGAAGAGGCUUCGGUAAAUUAGUCAUUGAACAGCCUUUGCAUUAA